AUGAUUCUCGAGGAAGAUCCCGCAGCCCUCAUCCGGCACACCAUAGCCAACUUUAACACACAGCCAGACCGAGCUGCCAUAUCGCGCGUGCAUGACUCCAUCAGCACCCUGCAGUCGGCGCGCGAUUUGCGUGUCAACGAGGCGAGCUCGCAGCUCAAGAAGCUGACGCGCGCGCUCUCGACACUCAACUCGCAGCACGAGGAGCUCGUGUCGCAGCACUCGUCCACCGCCCACGCCUCCGAAAUCGCCCGCCUCGAUACCCAGAAAUUCCGCAUCGCCAAGGCCUGCUCCGACCUGGAGAUGGAGGAGGAGCGCCUCGCGUCAACGGCCGCCGACCUGGCCGCGCGGCUCGCAGAGCUCGAAUCCCAGGGAGUCGAGGGCGACGCUGCCGAGAACGCCCGGAGGAGGGACCCAGUAGACGACGAGGUGCUCCUCCGACUCAAGGUGUACCGGAGCCUGGGCAUUGAGAUUGAGCGGGACGGCAAGGACGGCGAGUUUGCACGCGCCGUUAUUAGGAAUGAUCGCAAGGGCGAUGUGCACGUUGUCAACAUUGACAAGAACUUUUCACGCUUCUUCUACGCCAACUACUUUUGGAAUACACUAUAG